AUGUCGAAUGCGCAACUGACGAUAGCGCCGUCAGUCGAAGUACAGAGCCCUGCAACGGUGGCCACUGAUGUACCUGAGAAUCGGACGGUGCAGCAGGCCUCGACGCCAUCCCCUGAUUUAGACUCUGCUGCUGUCGUGGUGACCCCAAAGCGGUACCAGUUCGUACGCGAGCCGUUAACGAAUCCCCGACUUGAAGUAGCGCACUCAAAUUCAGAUUAUCCGAUGUCACCAGCGACAGAAGAACUCGAAGGCAUGAUGGAGCUGGAGCGCAUUGACGAGGAGUUUAGCACGCCAAUUUCUCGCUCAAGAGGACGGCGGAAGGAACCAGCAAGCGCUCCCGUGCGUCGCAACCCCCGACGGUCCACUCGUCAAAAGUACUAG